AUGAAGCGCGGGGAGGAGUAGCUCCCGUGCGCCUCAGCCGUCGGACUUCUUACCUCUGAGAGCUGGAUAUGCAGAGAUUAACGUGAGGGAUGGAUCUAAUUAUCUGCGUUGCUGGGCUGCUGGCGCUGAUCGGGGAUGGCAUCCGCAGCCAAGGAGUGUACGCACCCCCUACUGUCCGCAUCAUACACUCAGGGCAUGCCUGCAACGUUGAGGAGGAGAGGUACACGGAGCGAGUCUACACCAUCAGAGAAGGAGAGAUCCUCGAGCUCACCUGUCUGGUGACGGGGCAUCCUCGACCACAGAUUCGAUGGACCAAAACAGCCGGAAGUGUGUCGGACCGGUUCCAGGACUCCAGCGUGUUCAACGAGACUUUGCACAUUGCAAAGAUCCUAAGGACGCAAGGAGGUCGCUAUUACUGCAAAGCGGAGAACGGCCUCGGUUCCCCUGCCAUCAAGUCUAUCAGGGUGGACGUCUACUACCUUGAUGACCCAGUGGUGACGGUGCACCAGAGUAUAGGAGAAGCAAAGGAACAGUUCUACUAUGAGAGGACGGUGUUCCUGCGCUGCGUUGCCAAUUCCAACCCGCCAGUCCACUACAGCUGGCAUCGAGGCAGAGAGGUUCUGACGCAGGGCUCCGACAAGGGUGUGGAGAUCUACGAGCCAUUUUUCACACAGCAGGGGGAAACAAAGAUUCUGAAACUGAAGAACCUGCGCCCUCAAGACUACGCCAACUACAGCUGCAUCGCCUCCGUCAGGAACGUCUGCGGCAUCCCCGAUCGCAGCAUCAUCUUCCGGCUCACCAAUAAGACAGCUUCUCCGUCCAUUAAGCUGUUGGUGGAUGAUCCGAUCGUGGCGAACCCCGGCGAGACGGUGUCCUUAGUGUGCAUCACCACAGGUGGGGAGCCGCCACCCAUCCUCACCUGGACCACCACAAAUGACACCCUGCCGCUACGGAGUGUCAUUAAGGGGGGCACGCUAACCCUGCCCGCCAUCACCUCGGAUGAGGCGGGGGUGUACAGUUGCGUGGCUAGCAACAACGUGGGCAAUCCGGCGAAGAAGUCCACCACCAUCAUCGUGCGAGCACUGAAAAAGGGCAGAUUCUGGAUCACUCCCGACCCCUACCACAAUGACGACAACAUCCAGAUUGGUCGGGAAGUCAAAAUAUCAUGUCAGGUGGAGGCGACACCACCAGAGGAGCUCACAUUCAGCUGGCUGAAGAACGGACGAGCGCUGCGGAGCUCAGAGCGCAUGGUCAUCACCCAGACGGACCCCGAUAUUUCCCCCGGGACCACCAACCUGGACAUCAUUGACCUGAAGUUCACCGACUUUGGCACGUAUACGUGUGUGGCGGCACUGAAAGGUGGAGGCAUACCUGAGAUCAGCAUUGACGUCAAUAUCUCCUCCACAACUGUCCCUCCUCUGUUUUUCUCUUUCUUAGUUCCCCCCGACCUGACAGUACCCAGGGGCAAGUCUCCCCUGGUGGCUCGCGAGGGUGAUACAGUGGAGCUGGAGUGCCUUGUUUCAGGGAAGCCAAAGCCGAUCAUCCUGUGGUCGCGAGCAGACAAGGAGGCGCCCAUGCCGGACGGCAGCAUGCAGAUGGAGAGCUACGACGGUGUGCUGCGUAUUGUGAAUGUAUCUAGGGAGAUGACGGGCUCAUACCGCUGCCAGACCAGCCAGUAUAACGGGUUCAAUGUGAAACCUCGCGAGGCCGUGGUGGAGCUGAUCGUACAAUACCCUCCGACGGUGGAGCCGGUGUCCAUGGAGAUGCGUCAGGGCCUGGGCCGGCCCAUGGUGAUGACCUGCAGGGUGUUGCGCGCCCACCCUUCCCGCGUGCUGAGAUUCGAGUGGCUCCUUUCCAACCGGCUGCUCCACGCCGGAGCGUUUGACACCCAGAGGGACGAGACGGAGUACACAAUCCGCAACCUGAAUCGAGACAGCUGGGGGGAGUACACCUGCAACGUCAUCAACGAGGCCGGAGCAGGAAAAUGCACUUUCCAGGUGACAGGUAAAGCCUACGCUCCAGAGUUCUACUAUGAUACUUACAGCCCCCUGUGGCAAAACAGGCCUAGAGUCUAUGGAUUUAAGCUCCAGUGGACCCAGAUGAACCCCAACGCUGUGGACCGUAUUGUCGCCUACAGACUCGGCAUUCGACAGAUGGGGCUGCAGCGGUGGUGGGAGCAGGAGAUCCCGGUAGACGGAACCAUCAACAAAGGAGAGCUCAUGACGCACAAUCUGACGGAGCUCAUAAAACCCGAGUCCUAUGAGGUGCGCCUCACCCCGAUCACACGCUUUGGAGAGGGCGACUCCACCAUCCGAAUUAUCACUUACAGUGCUCCCAUCAAUCCACACCUGAGAGAGUUUCACUGCGGCUUUGAGGACGAUGCCAUCUGCAUGUUCACCCAAGACAAGAAUGACGAUUUUGAUUGGACGCGGCAUAGUGCUGCCACACGUGACACCAGAUAUACGCCCAAUACGGGGCCCAGCAGUGACCACAGUGGUUCCAAGCAGGGUUUCUACAUGUACAUUGAGACAUCAAGACCACGGAAAGAAGGAGACCAGGCACGGCUUGUGAGUCCGUUUUUCAAUGUAGCGCCUAAAAAUCCUUAUGGCAUCACCAACCCACCGGCUUACUGCUUCGGCUUCUUCUACCACAUGUAUGGCAAACACAUAGGGACUCUGAAUGCUUUUCUGAAGCAGAAGGGCCAAAUGCCGUCUGACACUCCCGUGUGGUCUCUAAGUGGUAACCAAGGUGACCGCUGGAAACAAGCCAAAGUCAGCAUCCACCCAACAGCAUCUUUCCAGGUGGUGCUCGAAGGUAUCCGUGGCUCGGGCAUUGAGGGAGACAUCGCCAUUGAUGAUGUCACGCUGGAGGAAGGAGAGUGUCGAGAUCCUCCGCCCAAUCUCAGUACCAUGGCUCCGCCCACAUCUUCCCAUAUAUGGCUGCUGUGCAUCACCUUGGCGAUGACCAUCCUGGAAGGUCAGAGGUGACGCUUCUCUCAGUCACCUCAGAGGCGAAUAUUCAGACCCACCGUCUGUGAGCUACACCCUCGGCAUCCAAUCACCAAAGAUUCAUGCAUCCUGGAAGCAGCAGGGGGCGCCUGAUGCCCCGCAGAGGGACACAAAUAUAUACGAAAGAAGUACACUGAGGGGAGGGAGGGGGACAGGAAUAAAAAUUACACAAAAAGUAAUGAAGAAGAUGCGCUAAUCUUUUUAAAGAAACCUCUUCUGCAGAAGACACUCCUCGUGCAGGACGUCUUUACGAGCACAAUGACGGGUGGGAGACGAAUACGCCUGGACUUUGGAAAGGGAUCACAAGCGUCAAGGGAGGACGGUUUGUAAAGCACAAGUACAAUUUUAUGAAGUCAUGAAAAUAUAUUUGAAAGGCAGCGGGACAUAGACACCGCUGACUUUUUGAGCGAAUCAGACCUUUUCCCUGUGCAUUAUCUUCAUUUCCUCACGCUGGAUGCCAAUCACCGACGCUUGUUUUUCAUUCUCGCCGGUCUUCGUAUCAAACCUCGCCGUUGUCUUAUCUGCUUGGUGCUGUACUGUAGGAAAACAAGAACUCUGGCAACAUUUCGUUCCAUCUGCUUACUCCCCUGUAGCUGCCUACGUACGGGAUCUUUUAACACUGUGCUCACGACUCCAAGUGGCCAACUGAGAGUACGUCGGCAGAAGAAGAAUAGACGUGUAGCAAUGGAGGAGGUGCUAAUAGAGAAGCGGGAGGAGGUGUAUCGGAG